AUGGAGUCCUUACCGCCCAAUCAAUAUGUUGAUGUUGCCAUUAUUGGCGCAGGCUGGUAUGGCCUCGUUGCGGCGCGUACCUACUUGCGAGUUCGUCCUGACGUUAAUUUGUUGAUCAUCGAUUCUGAUUCAACCGUUGGGGGAGUAUGGAGUGAAAGGAGACUUUAUCCAAAUCUAGUUGCUCAGGUCAAUCUCGGUCUGUUUAAUUACAUCGAUACGCCGAUGUCACCGGAGGGAAUGAACGACAAAAGACAGGUCACAGGGCGUAUGAUUCACAACUAUCUACAAAAAUACGCCGAAGACCAUGAUCUCCUUUCUCGUAUUCGAUUCAAUACCCACGUCGAAAAAAUUGAGCGUGGUCCUCGAGGCUGGCGUCUCCGCUUCCGGAACAGCCCCGACCUCCUGGAUGCUGGGAAGCUUAUGGUAGGACCCGGAGUCACGUCCAUUCCAAACAUGCCACAAUAUUCGCCUGAGAAUGUGAAAGUGCCAAUCGUUCAUUCUCGAGAUUUGGGUGAAUCGUUCACCGAACUGCAAAAGAAUGAAUAUCAGCACGUCAUGGUGGUUGGGGCGGCCAAGUCCGCAUACGAUGCUGUAUACCUACUUUUAACAAUGGGCAAAAAGGUAACAUGGGUAAUCCGACCUGGAGGUUCAGGGCCACUUGCCAUUUUGCCAUCGGAGUUGCUUGGCUUCUGGACAAGUAUUGGAGUUGCAUCUACCAGGUUGAUGACUGGUCUCAGUCCUUCGAUACUGAAUACUAAAGGUUUGGUAUACUCUAUGUUCCAAAACAAUCAGAUUGGGCGCUGGUUGGCCGGGAAAUUCUGGGACACUGUGGCGUAUCUGAGUGAUCUUCAUGCGGGCUAUGAUAAAGGUGACCAUGUGGCGGGUUUAAGACCAGAAGUGGAUGGGAAAAGUAUUUUCUGGGCAAACUCCGGUCUUGGUGUCGUCACUCUGCCGGAUUUUUGGUCCACAAUUCAUAAAGGCGAUGUUACAAUUGUCCGGGAUGAGCUGGGGGUUCUCAAUGAGAGAACCAUGUCCUUCAAAUCCGGAAGGUCGGUAGAAUCGGACUUCAUCGUCAUGUGCACGGGGUGGGGAGACCAUUUUGCCAUGUUUGACGAUGAGACUAAAUCCAAAAUUGGCCUCCCAGCAAAUGCUAAGGUGGGAGAUCGAGACUGGAAAAGUAUAGAUCGCGAAGCAGAGAAGUCUGUCGACCAGAAGCUACCAUUUUUAGUUAAGGGUCCAGUGCUCCUCAACGAACAAACGACCAAAUCUCCAUCAAAAUAUUGGAGACUUUACCGAAGAGUAGUACCAAUUGCCCACGCCAAGUCCGGUGAUCGUUCCCUCGCCAUUCUAGGUCAAAUCCAUACAGUACAGACGCCCUUGGUUGCAUCGAUUCAGACAUUCUGGGCGAUUCUAUAUCUUGAAGGGGAGCUCAACCUCCCUGGAGAAGAUGAAAUGGCCAAGGAAAUCGCCGAAUGGAAUGCGUGGACUCGCAAGCGUUACAUCAGCCAGGGUCAGAAAUUUCCAUACUCCCUCUAUGACUUCCUCCCUUACGUUGAGACUCUCUGCAAAGAUCUCGGUGUCAACUCUCGCAGAAAGUCCAACUUUCUAGCUGAGUACUUUUCACCAUACAGACCCGAAGAUUUCAGUGGAAUUAUCGAUGAGUACUAUGCUCAAAAGCGACUUCGAUCGAACGAGGUGAAGUUAAACAACGUUUCAGAUUAUUCGACAUUGUUUGAUUACUCGACGUUGUUUGCGAUCCUUCUAGCUGGACUUGGCACUCUUCUUGUCUUCGCAAACGGGGCCUAA